CUUUAAUAAGAACUUUUGCUUUCGAGGGGAGAUGUCUGGUGAAGUCGGUUUUGAUAAACUUGUCUCUCUAACGGACUUCACCGAUGCCUCCAACGGUUGUCUGAUGGAUGAUAAAUGUGUGUUUGGAGCUGAGGUCUAUGUUUGUAAUGGAAGACGCGUACCCCGAGCAGAUUGUCUAUCAAUAAGGAAGACUACCUCAAAGAAGUACAAGCAUACUUGGAAGAUUAAUUUUUUUUCAAACUUGACCGAUAAUUACUAUACAAAACAAUUCACUGCUGGAGGCCGUGACUGGAAGAUACUCCUCUAUCAUGAGGGAACUGGUAAUGGAAAUGGUACUCAUAUCAGUCUUUAUUUUGGAUUAGCUGAUCCAAAAAGUUUUCCUGAUGGCACCAAACUAUCAACCAACUUCAGCCUACGCAUUCUGGAUCAAGUACAUGGAAGACAUUAUACUUCUUCUUGGCAGAAAACUCUUCUCAGUAGUAGUCGUAGUGCUUUGGGUUGGCCUCGUUUAAUUGGACUGGACGAUUUCAGAAGGGAAGACAAAUGGUGUUUGAAGUCAGAUACUUGCUUUCUGGAGGCGGAGCUCACGAUUGAUGGAACUGCUAUGGUGCUAAACACCUAAGGCGAAAAUGACACUGACAUUCGGGAGCAUGUCAGUGUCGAAAGAUUUGCAAAACCAUUACACACUUGUACUAUUUUGUGAUGGUUUGUUUUGUUGUUGCAUCUUAAUUUGUCCCUUGUACUAGUUUCAAUUUAUAAAGUCUUUCUCGG